AUGGCUCAGGCACCGAAUUUGAUCUACAACCCAACAUUUUUCACCGCGGAAUGGCGUGUCAACGGCUUGUGGAACAGACUGCUCCACCAAGCAGCUGAAAAUGCCCUUGGGAUGAAUGGAAAUUGGCAGAUCUCGCCGGAAGCAAUGCCUAACUUCGGAGACACCAACGAUUACAAGGCAGAUCUCCUUGUGUCGAGAAUCUCGCCGCUAAAUUGGAAUCCCAAUCUCUACAACAUCGGGACCCCAUUCAUCCACUUCGAAGGGAAGGGGGCAGCUGGACAGAGUUGGACCCAGAUCCGGUACCAGAUCGAAGUUUGGUGCAGUAGAAAUGCCGAAUUUGCACCCGGGAAGCCCUGCUGGGCAAUUGGAGCGAAAGGCUCAGCCGUGAAAAUGUGGCUGUAUUCCACCUCAAUUGACUGGGAAAAUCAGAAUAACAACACGAUCAACAGCCGGAUGAUUCCCAUCUAUCUCAAUGCCCAAGGUCAGAUCGUACUGGACCUGGUCACGGGUCAAGGCGCUACCAGAGUCUACUACAACCCUUUGAUAGCUGCCGACGGCGGCAAUCCAAUCCAAUGUAAUGGAAACAUCGGCGUGGGUGGGGAUAUCUGGGAGAUUCUUCGAUUGAUGUUCACUCAUCCGACCGGGGAUGGGGCAGGAAUCAUAAACCCGAUACACGGUUUCGUGCCGUAA